GCUGUCUUCCCCCUCUCUUCUCUGAGUCGCCCAGAGCCAUUAUACUGAGAAUAUGCUGUUUAUUAGGUAUUUUGGAAAGGGCAUCACGCAAGAUAUCCACGCUCGGCUGAAAGUUUACGUGCUGGACUGGACCGACGCCUGGGACUACCGCGUGAUCCCAUCCACGGUGUAUGUUUUCUUCACAAACUUACUCCCGGCGAUUGCCUUUGCGCAGGACAUGUUUGACAAGACACACAACUCGUAUGGCGUGAAUGAGGUGCUCCUAUCGUCUGGAAUGGCGGGAGUGGUCUUUGGCUUGCUUUCGGGCCAGCCGUUGUGUGUGGUGGGGGUGACAGGCCCCAUUUCGAUUUUCAACUACACGGUCUACGAGCUCAUCACACCCAGAGGGACACCUUUCUUCCCGUUUAUGGCCUGGGUUUGUCUCUGGAGUAUGGUGAUGCACUUUGCCAUCGCCUUUGCCAACGGUGUCAACUACACCCGCUACAUUUCCAAGUUCUCAUGCGAAGUGUUUGGCUUCUUCAUCAACUUUGUGUAUAUCCAGAAGGGCAUCCAGAUCUUGACGAAGCAGUUCACGGACAUUAGCUACGAAAGUGGCUACUUGUCGAUUGUCAUCGCCUUGUUAAUGACCCUUUUUGGGGUCGCGGCCGCCGCGUUUGGCAAUCAGUCACACUAUUUCAAGCCCGUAGUGCGCAAGAUCUUUGCCGACUACGGAACCCCAUUGUGUGUCGUGUUUUACACCGGGUUUGCGCACUUUGGGAACAUUUCUCGGACCGAGUUGGCGCGCCUUCCCAUUACCCUGGCGUUCCACCCAACCGUGAAAUACCUGAAUGCCUUAGAUGGUGGCCGUCCCGACGGUUGGUUUAUCCACUUCUGGAAAAUCUCUGUCGGCGACGUCUUUCUCGCGAUUCCUUUUGCCAUCCUUCUCACGCUUUUGUUCUACUACGAUCACAACAUCUCUUCGCUCAUUUGCCAGGCGUCCAAGUACCCCUUGAAGAAGCCAGCUUCCUUCCACUGGGACUUUUGCUUGUUAGGCAUCACCACGGGCGUGGCCGGGAUCUUGGGAAUUCCGGCUCCCAACGGCUUGAUCCCGCAGGCGCCGUUGCACACGGAUUCGCUCUGCGUGCACGAUCCCAAGACGGGCAAAAUUACCAGGGUCGUGGAACAGCGCUUCACCAACACGGUGCAGGGUUUGAUGACCAUCGGGAUGAUGACUAGGCCGUUGCUAGUGGUGCUCGGGUUGAUUCCACAGGCCGUGUUGUCGGGCUUGUUCUUCAUAAUGGGUCUUUUGGGGAUCAACGGAAAUGCCGUCACUAAUCGACUUCGCUUCAUCUGCAUGGACAAAGAGUUUACUCAUUCUGAGUUCAACGUCGAACGUAGGGAAGAGUUCCAGCAGUACGCAAAACCGGACAAAAAGUGGCACUACGUGUACGUUACGUUCUUGCUCAUUCUCUUUGUGGCGGAGUUUUCCAUCACAAACACUAAAGGUGCCGUGGGAUUCCCUGGGGUUUUGAUUGCCGGGAUGCUCUGGGCCUGCUACUUUCACUAUAUCUUCCCCAAGGACCAGCUAGCGUUGUUGGACGGCCCGGCGGCGGAUAAGUCCACGCUUGCAAACUUGCAUGUGGGGAGCAGCGACAGCACCAUGGUGAAUACCCUCGACAACUCAGAGGACGAGGAGGCGGAGAUUGGCGAAACCAAGAGGGUCAGGAAGGUGAGAAGGGUGGCCCAUAACGGUGAUAAGGGCUCCACUGAGGAAUAACAGACCUAGGGCUUUACAUAGGCCCUAAUUGACACCAUUGUGAUAUUUAUUGCUGAAGCUGGGGAAUGUUAGUGGGGAAGUCUAACACAGCAACGGUGUGCUGGACCCAGCGUAGAGAUUUUUUUUAAAAAAAAGAUACAGGCUGUGAAUUUCGAAAGUACACCAAGUUGGAAUUCUCCGGACUUGAAUAAAGAUUUUCUUGAAAGCCCAUAUUUUUGAGCAAUUAUUUUCCUUCUACAAAAGCUCCAGUGACAACAUCGCAAGCACGUAACCUGGAGCCUCUCUGACUUACGGCACGGAUGCAGAUUAGGAGAUUCCGGUGCUAUGCUGCAUAUUUACGCCUUUUGGCUAGUGUGCCAAGAGUAAUUAUGGUUAAAUGCACAUUCAUAU